AUGCCGGGCGAAGUGAUUGAUGCUCCCAACCCGCAGCCGCUGCCGUCGAACGUCCCGGAUUACGUGUCUGAUCUCCUGGUCAAGCUCGAGAAGCGCACUUUGCCCGACGACACCAACGAUGUGGUCGCUAAAUUCCGGCGCGCCGCCAACUACAUUGCUGCUGCCAUGAUCUUCUUGCAGGACAAUGUCUACCUUGAACGAGCUCUCAAACACGAGGACAUCAAGCCGAGAUUGCUCGGCCAUUGGGGAACAUGUCCUGGUCUCACUUUGGUUUACUCUCACCUCAAUCUCCUGAUCAAGAAGCAUGACCUGGACAUGCUCUAUGUGGUCGGUCCAGGUCAUGGAGCACCUGCUAUUCUGGCGGCCUUGUGGCUCGAAGGCUCGUUAGCCAAGUUCUACCCUCGUUACUCGCAAGACGCCCAAGGCCUACACAACCUAAUCAGUGGUUUCAGUACCACCGGAGGCUUUCCCAGUCACAUCAGUGCCGAAACACCUGGAUCUAUCCACGAAGGUGGAGAGCUCGGAUAUGCUCUCAGUGUCAGUUUCGGCGCUGUAAUGGACAAUCCAGAUUUGGUUGUGUGCUGCGUUGUGGGUGAUGGCGAGUCCGAGACUGGGCCUACUGCUACUGCAUGGCAUGGCUGCAAGUACAUUGACCCCGCUGAAUCUGGUGCUGUACUGCCCAUCGUUCACGUUAAUGGCUUCAAGAUCAGCGAGCGUACCAUCUAUGGCUGCAUGGACAAUAAGGAGUUGGCUGCCCUCUUCACUGGCUAUGGAUAUCAACCACGAGUCGUCGACGACUUGAACGACAUUGAUGCAGACCUCUCUAACUCCAUGGAGUGGGCUCUUAGAGAGAUUAAACGGAUCCAGAAAGCUGCCCGAGAAGGCAAGCCCAUCACAAAACCUCGCUGGCCCGUGUUGAUUCUGCGCACCCCAAAGGGCUGGUCUGGUCCCAAGAAAGUCCACGGUACAAUCGUCGAAGGCUCCUACAAGGCGCACCAGGUUCCACUGCCCCAAGCGAAAACUGACGCAGAGGAGUUAAAGCAACUUCAAGAAUGGCUCGAAUCCUACAAACCAAAGGAGCUUUUCAAGGAGAACGGCGAUGUCAUUGAUGAGAUCAAGUCAAUCAUACCCCCGAACCCAGAUCGGCGACUUGGUCAAAAGAAAGAGGUGUCCGGCGCUUAUAGGGGACUCAAGCCUAUCGAUUGGAGGAACUUCUCAGUCGAGAAAGGCAGGUCGGAAAGCUCGAUGAAAGCAGUGGGGAGACUUCUUGAGCAGAUUGUCAAAGACAACCCUAAGACGUUUCGAAUAUUCUCUCCAGAUGAGUUCGAAUCCAACAAGCUCGAUGCUGUCCUCAACUCCACCAACCGGAACUUCCAGUGGGAUCAGUUCUCCCGGGCGCAGGGAGGUCGACUCAUCGAGGUCUUAUCCGAACACCAGUGUCAAGGCUGGAUGCAGGGCUACACCCUGACCGGUCGGACCGCUCUGUUCCCUAGCUACGAAGCUUUUCUCGGCAUCAUUGACACUAUGAUGAUCCAGUACGCGAAGUUCGGCAAGAUGUCUCGUGAGUCGGGGUGGCGAAGUGACAUCUCCAGCAUCAACUACCUCGAGACAUCGACCUGGACCAGACAAGAGCACAACGGCUAUUCCCACCAGAAUCCAGGAUUUAUCGGCGCGGUCUUGAACCUGAAACCUAACGCCGCUCGGGUCUACCUUCCUCCAGACGCAAACACAUUCCUUUCAACCAUGGCACAUUGUCUGCAAUCGAAGAACUACGUCAACCUGAUGGUCGGUUCUAAGCAGCCAUCCGCGGUCUUCCUAUCAGCCGACGAAGCCGAAAACCACUGCCGAGCCGGCGCCUCGGUGUGGAAGUUCGCGUCUACGGCCGACGGCCUUAAUCCAGACAUUGUCCUCGUUGGCAUUGGUGCCGAAUUGACCUUUGAGGUCAUCGCCGCUGCAGACAUACUCAGAUCGGAGAUCCCAGACCUGCGUGUUCGGGUCGUCAAUGUGACGGAUCUGAUGAUCCUCGGGGCGUUUAGCAGCCAUCCCCACGCAUUGACAGAUGAUGCAUUCGACGCGCUCUUUACCGAAGACAUACCCAUCCACUUCAACUACCACGGCUAUGCAACCGAACUCAAAGGUCUCCUCUUCGGUCGGCCAAACAUGCACCGUGUAACCAUUGCCUCUUACAACGAGGAAGGCAGUACAACCACGCCGUUCAACAUGAUGCUGGUGAACGGCACGUCGCGGUAUCACGUUGCCAUCCAAGCGAUCAAGGGUGCUGCGAAGAGGAACGACAAAGUCAGACUGAGGUUGCAUGAGUUGACGAGUGAGUUGACCGGGCGCAUCAGUGAGGUCACCAAGUUCAUACUCAAGGAGAAGACUGAUCCGGAGUAUCUCAACGAGGUCAAGAACUUCAAGAUCGAUACGGCUUCUAUGAGUGAGGGUUGA